GCUGCUGGUCUCAGAGCUUCCGUGGAGCUCCUCCUGACAGCCUGGGUUUAUUUUGAGGGUCGUAAAGUAAAUUUACACCACCGAAGAAAAAACCCUUCAUCUCUGAAGCGACUUUUCAGAGAGGAGCUACCUAAUCUCGUUGAGAGAAGAAAGGCUCCGCGUUUUACCUUGGAGGAGCGAAAAAAAGGGGGGAUGGUAGUUCCAUAUGAAGGCCAGUCUUAUGCUGCUCUGAAGAGGCGGUGCAGGCAGAAUGGAAGCCUGUUUGAAGACCUCCUGUUCCCGGCAUCCGACCAAUCUCUGUUCUACCAGAGAAAUCGCAUCGGCAAUGUCGUCUGGAAGAGACCCCAGGAGUUAAGCAGCGACCCUCACCUGUUUGUGAAUGGGAUCAGUGCUCACGACUUGCAUCAAGGCCAACUGGGAAACUGCUGGUUUGUUGCUGCCUGUUCCAGUCUGGCUUCCAGAGAAGCACUCUGGCAAAAGGUAAUUCCAGACUGGAAGGACCAGGAGUGGGACAAAGAAAACCCUGACUCGUACGCCGGAAUCUUUCACUUCCAGUUCUGGCGGUUCGGUCAGUGGGUAGACGUGGUGAUUGAUGACCGGCUUCCAACGGUGAACGGACAGCUGGUGUACUGCCACUCCAAUGACAACAAUGAGUUCUGGAGCGCUCUGGUGGAGAAAGCCUAUGCCAAGAUGUAUGGAUGCUACGAAGCUCUGGACGGGGGCAACACAGCUGACGCUCUGGUGGAUUUUACUGGGGGCAUUUGUGAGCCGAUGGACUUGAUUGAGAAUGGGUACAAAGACGAUGAGGAGAAACGGAAUGAGUUGUUUGAAAGAGUCCUAAAGGUGCACAGCAGAGGAGGCCUGAUCAGCUGCUCCAUCCGGGCAGUUACCGCAGAGGACAUGGAGGCUAAACUAUCCUCCGGCCUGGUGAAAGGCCACGCUUAUGCUGUGACUGAUAUCCGCAGAGUAAGGCUCGGCCAUGGCCUGCUGGCCUACUUCAAGUCAGAUAAACUCAACAUGAUCCGCAUGAGGAACCCCUGGGGUCAGAGAGAGUGGAACGGGCCCUGGAGCGACAGCUCUGAGGAGUGGAAGAAAGUCAGUAAGGGUGAGAGGGAGAGUAUGGGCGUCACAGUGCAGGAUGAUGGAGAGUUCUGGAUGACAUUUGAUGACUUCGUUACCAACUUCACAGACCUCAUCCUCUGUCGUCUCAUUAACACAUCCUAUCUGAGUUUACACAAGACGUGGGAGGAAGCCGUGCUGCGGGGUUCUUGGCGCCGCCAUGAUGACCCGCUUCGCAAUCGUGCUGGAGGCUGCGCCAAUAAUAAGCAAACCUAUCUUCAGAACCCACAGUACGUGUUCGACGUGAAGAAGCCAAAAGAUGAGAUACUGAUCUGUCUUCAGCAAAAAGACCGCAGAGCCACCCUGAAAGAAGGGCAAGGAGAAAACCUGGCGAUUGGUUUCAACAUAGAGAGGGUGGAGUUGAACAGGACCUACCGUAUGCAUGCUGUCCAGCAGAAGGUUGGAGGAAGCGUCUACAUCAACGCGAGGUCUGUGUUUCUACGCAUCGAGCUGGCAGAGGGCCGUUACGUCAUCAUUCCCACCACGUUUGAUCCCGGCCUGGAAGGAGAGUUUCUGCUUCGCGUCUUUGCCGACGUUUCUACUGACUGCAAGGAGCUGACUGUUGAUGGGCCUCGAAAGACCUGCUGGUCUGGGAUGUGUGGCUACCCCUCACUUGUCACUCAGGUCCAUGUGGUGCAGGCUGACGGACUCACAGGACAAGACUCAGGCGGAGUCUCAGAUCCUUACGUGAUCAUUCGCUGUGAAGGAGAGAAGGUUCGCUCACCAGUCUUUGAGAACACAUGCAGCCCCAACUUCAACACCAAGGGGCUCUUCUACAGGAAGAAAGCCAACCGACCAGUCAGCAUUGAGAUAUACAACCGCAACGUUUUAAAGGACGGCUUCCUGGGUCAGGUGACUCUGCCGGCCGAGGAGGGAAAAAUCCAGCAGACGUUUCACCUGAAGGAUAAAGGCGACCGGAACGAAAACGACCUCCCUGGUACCAUCACCCUGGUUUUAGAAACCAGCUCGGUUCUGACCAGCAUCUAAUGCUGAUUGGUUGUUUUUAUCUUCACCGGGCCACCAUAACAUUCUCAUUUUUUAACAUCCUAUUUCAGUUUAAAAACAAUGUUUGCCAAUCAGAACACCGAAACAAAUCCUUUGGGUUAAUCACCACUUAAAAAAAAAAAAAAAAACAUUAAUGAUUUGUUGUUGCCAUAGGAAUAUUGUUUACAUGUUUACUAAGAGUAUUGAGUUUAUGCGCUCCAUCUAAAUGGGAGUAAGAAUUGAACACCUUUUAAGCUUUUUCUCUAUUUGUGGCACUUUAUAUUUUAAAUAAUAUGCUUGUUUUUAAAGCUCUUAUCUCAAUUCUGUUAAAUCUGGUUGAAAUUGUAGAUUAUGAACACUUUUUGAUAUAAUUGUAUUAAAUUUAUGUCCUCGUCUGCUUAUGGCAUCGGUGCAAAGCUUACGAUUCUGCAGAGAACUGCAGAAUUACGUACAAGAAGCAUCUUAAACCAGGAAGGCUUGAUGUCAGGCUGACUGGGUUGUUGAUCAGGUGCCUCCGGUAUUAUCCUGUAGAUGCAGAUUUUGCUUCUGAUUUGCGCGCGACAUGCCUCAUAAUGAAGUUUAAACUGUGGCCUGGAUGAGCUAUGCAAACCUUGUUUGGUCCAGAUAGAAAUCAAUUCAAGGAGAUCAAACAGGUUUCCCAGAAAUAAUGUGCCUAAAAGUUUACAGUUUCUUAUUAAACUAAUGUUGCAGUAGAGAUCUCCCACUUCUGCCAUAAGGUGGCGCUGUGUUCCAAAGAAACCUGUGUCUGAAGCCUGAUCUCACUGUGACAUUUAUAGACAUGACAACACAUGUAUUCCUAAGGUUGCCUCCUAGCAUGAUGCUCUAUAUUAGCAUUGUUUACAACCUCAAUUAAAUGAAGUCAUUUCCCAGAACCUAAUAACCUUUUCAGGUUAAACACAGCUGUAAUCUUUUCCUGCUAACGCCGGUUUAUACGUCACUGCUGCUAUUACACAAGGCUGCAUGUUCAUUUCCCUGGGUGAGAAUAAAUGACCAACCCAGCUGUUUGUUUUGGGUAAGAACCACUUUACUAACCGUAGAGCCGAUCAUAAAUCGGUUCAUGAAUUGUUUCUAUUUUUUUUUUAAUGUGUUCUGCUUAAUGGUUAUUGAUUCAUGAUGUAAUGUUUUAAUAUAAAGCCUUACAGAGCUGUGUGUUGAUUUGUACAUGCAAGAUGAGUUUAUUAAACCUUUCCAAUCAA